AUGUCUUUCUUCCAAGGAGACUCCCGUCCUGGCGAGCAGCCUGCGCCUCCUCCGCGAGCCCUGACUCCUGUCGAGGUUGGAGUCAUCAUCGGCACCAUCACCGUCUUCUUCGCCGCCAUCGGCUCUCUCUUCUAUUACCGCAACCGAAAGGCCAAGAAGCGUCGUUCCAGCAACGCACAACCACCAUACAGGAACGACCACCCCGACACAGGCCAGGCCAAAAGCGACGGCGGAUCGUCUCGAGAGGCAGAAAUCGCGGACCUCGAGAUACCGCCUCCCACGAGGAAAAAGAGAGCAUGGAAUGACUUUGGCUCUGGGAGGGAGUAUGAGGGUGACCUUGAGAGGGGAGAGGCAUACGAGAUGCGUGGCAAGGCCUAG